CGCGACAACCAAAACAACGGCCCGGCCCGGCAGCCCUUGCGCCCGCGCCCCGUCGCCACCUUCCCCGCCGCCGCUGCCCGGCGGGGGCCGCUCGGGGCGUGAGGUGGGUGCGGAGACCCCUCCGUCCCGCCGCCGCCGCCGCCAUGAAGCUCCGCGUACGGCUGCAGAAGCGAACGGCGGCCCUGGAGGUGCAGGGGGCGGAGCCAACGCUGGGGGAGCUGCGCGCGCAGCUGCGCCUGGCCCUGCUGCCCGCCUGGGGGUACAGUUCUGAUACCACGUUUUCAAUAACAUUGAACAGAAAAGAUGCUCUCACAGAGGAUCAGAAGACCUUAGCUUCAUAUGGGAUUGUUUCUGGUGAUUUGAUAUGCCUGUUACUAGAAGAGCCACAUGGACAACCCAGCCUACCUCCUCCUCCUGCUACUCCUGCCCUGCUUCAGAAUGGUCAUGAGCCAUCCACCUUGACCCCCAACAGCAGUCCAAGAGAAGGGCAGAAUGAGCAGCCUAACAAUGAGAAGGCUCGGGUGGAAUUUCAAGAGAGUGAUGAGAGGGCAGGAUCCAGCCUAGAAUUUCCUUCUGGAUUAGUUCCAGAAGAUGCUGACCUGGAAGAAGGUGCAGGUUCCUAUCCCUCCGAACCCAUGCUGUGCAGCGAGGCUGCUGAUGGUGAAACACCCCAUUCCUUAGAGAUGCUCUACCUGUCUGCUGAGUGUACCAGUGCCACUGAUGCCUUGAUCGUUCUGGUUCAUCUUCUCAUGAUGGAGACAGGCUAUGUUCCUCAGGGGAUAGAAGCCAAGGCAGUCUCCAUGCCAGAGAAAUGGAGAGGGAAUGGUGUUUAUAAGCUACAGUACACACAUCCCCUUUGUGGAGAAGGUUCUGCUGGUUUGACUUGUGUGCCUCUGGGAGAUCUUAUUGCUAUUAAUGCAACAUUAAAAAUCAACGAAGAGAUUAGAAGUAUUAAGAGAAUCCAACUAUUGCCAUCAUCCUUUGUUUGCUUUCAGGACCCAGAGAAGGUUGCAGGUGUUUACAAAGACCUUCAGAAAUUGUCCCGUCUCUUUAAAGACCAGCUGGUUUACUCUCUCCUGGCUGCUGCCCGACAAGCUUUGAACUUGCCAGAUGUGUUUGGGUUAGUAGUCCUUCCACUUGAGCUCAAGCUUCGGAUUUUCAGACUUCUGGAUGUCCGUUCCCUCAUCUCUCUCUCCGCUGUUUGCCGUGAUCUCUACACAGCUUCCAACGACCAGCUUCUCUGGAGGUUUAUGUAUCUGCGGGAUUUCCGAGAUCCUAUUGCAAGGCCUCGUGACACAGACUGGAAAGAACUAUACAAGAAAAAGUUGAAACAGAAGAGGGAAGCCCUGAGAUGGAGGCACAUGAUGCUUCUACCCCCUAUACCUCAUCCAAUCCCCUUUCAUCCCAACCCAUUCUAUCUUAAUCCCUUUCCAUCCAACCCAUUCCCAUCAAAUCCAAUCUAUCCCCCAAUGAUCAUUGGGGGAGAAUAUGAUGAGAGACCAACACUUCCAUAUGUUGGAGACCCAAUUAACUCACUCAUUCCUGGCCAGGGAGAGGCACCAGGUCAAUUUCCUCCAUUCAGACCACAUUUUGACCCCAUUGGCUCCCUGCCUGGAGCAAACCCUACGCUUCCAGGACGAGCUGGUCCCAGUGAGAGGUUUCCACCUCGACCCAGCCGGGGCCGCCCCAUGGACAUUCGCCGUGCAUUCAUUUGAUCGCUGCUUUUUCCUGCAGGGAGUUCUGUAGUCGCUGAGCUUGCUUUCUAACUGUAGGGGAUUGCAAAUUCCAGGCACUAACAUCUGCCUUCAGAUUGUGUCAAGAACAUGUGUGCAUGGUGAUGUCCCAACCGCAGAGGCUGGGUUUGUUUUGUGCUCUGGUAGUGCUGUGUCACCUGGCACUUAAGGUCUGUUCCUCAAAGAGCUACAACUUAGAGCAGUUUGUUCUGCUGCCCCCCUCCUUGCCCUUAAUCGUCUGUGAAGUGCUACUUAGAGACCAGAAUAACAGCCAAAUCCUUACUGCAUCAGAUAAAGAGCACUUUAAAUACAAA